AUGCGCCAUCGGUCAACCCAUGCAUCAAGUCUUAGCUUCUACCUCCGCUCUCGGUCCUGGGCACCUAUUUCGCAAGUAAGCAUCCUGUCCAUCCCUCAAUGCCUCCCUCCCUCCCAAUCUAUCCAUCCGUCGUCCAUCCGUCUGUCCAUCCGUCUGUCCAUCUAUCCGCUUGGCUGUGCGGACGUCCUGGGCCUGACCAAGCGAAAGGAGGAGCUGGAGCGCCAGAAUGAGGCCCUUGCUCAGCGGCCAGAGCUGGAGAAGCGCGUGAAGGAACUGCAGGUUGAAGUCCAACAGUUGCACCAGCGUGCGCAAGAGUUGGAGACAGAGAAAGAGGCCAUGGCUUCUGAGCGCCAGCGCCUGGAAGACCAACUCACUGAGAGCCAGGCAAACUGCGUUCGACUGGAGGAAGAGUGCAGGCAGCACACCGCAGAAAGGGAAAGGAGGGCGGAGUUGGAGAAGCAGCAGGCGGAUGUGGCACGCUCUUUUGCAGAGCUCCAGGCCGUCGUUGCUCAGCUCUUGCCGUGGCUCGGGGAGCUCGACACGCAGCGAGCGCGGCUCCUCGAGGAGAAGGGUGCGGCGGAGGCCGAGUGCCGGGGGGACGAAAAAUGUACUACCUGA